AUGACAGCCGGAGGUUGUUUUGGUAUCCAAACGACAAUGUUGUUCGGUCGUAAAUCAUCAACCAAGUUGCAGCCUGUAAAAGGGCAAGCAUCGCCUAAAGUUAGCAAGAAUAGCAAGCAGGAUGUUAAAACUUCUUCUUCUUCACCUAAACCUUCCUCUUCUUCACCCAUAUCGAUUAGAUCAUCUAAGUCAAUAUUAUCGGGGAGCACAUCAUCAAGACGUGUUUCUUCGCCUAUAGGCAUGCUCAAGAAUGUUUCCAACAAAGAAGCUAAGAGCCCCAAGGCAAGCAGCUCACCUAAAUGGACUGGUAAUUUCAUUCUUAUGGUGGAGCUUCGCAGGAAGAUCUUUACCUUUAGAGACAUCAUUGAUCUUUCUUCUCUUGACGGUUCACCUUCCAUAACCGAUAUGGUGAUGCAUACAAUGAAAGAUCUCCAGAAACUUUGUCCUGAGAUCAUCCACAGCUCACAUAUCUCGGAAAUUAGACGUGCAAAUGUCGAUAAGGUUCUUGACCAUUUCUUUAAUGCUUUGAAAUCCAUUGGAGAUUCCUGGAUUGAUAACCCCGAGUGGAUAGCUAAAUCUAAGUAUUGGAGUAGCAGCGUCGGAAAGAACCAGUCUGAUCGACUAGUGGAAAAGGUGUUAGCUGCAUUAGAUGGAUUGAUUAAGAUGUCUAAAGAGAGGUUUGAUAUGAUGGAGAUUGAUGAAGAAGAAGAGAAGAAAGAAGCCACUAGUCCACGGACAGCUAAAUCCUCGAGCAGUCGAGUUUUAUCGCCAUCUGAUUCAUUCUCCGAUAGCAAAUCAUCAUUCGAUAGUAGAAACUCGUUUUGCGGGUCACCAAUUACGCCAAGAUCAGUUCUACCAGAACCAAUGAUGGGUUCACCGGGAAGAGUUGGGGACUUUGCAAACUCUGCGUCACAUCUUUUGUGGAAUAUGAGAGUUCAAGCACUUGAGAAGCUUAGUCCUAUCGAUGUUAAGCGACUUGCUAUACACAUUUUGUCACAGAAAGAAGCUCAGGAACCAAACCAAAGCAAUGUAGAAGCUGAGAUUAGUGUUGUUGAAGAGUUCAAGCCAAAAAUGGAUGAUAUAGAGAGCAUUGAUGUGAAGAUGGAGACAGAAGAAUCUGUUGUUCUUGAUAAAGAUAAAGAUAUUAUCAUGAAGAUAGCUUCACUGGAUUCAACAUCUGAAGCCAAACUUAAUCAGACAGAAAGAUCUGUAGUUGCUCCGGAACCUUUGCCACCAUCGCCUCUUCCUCCACUAUCUAUUAUUAAAACUGCAUCUUUACCUUCACAGCCACCACCUCCUCCCCCUCCUCCUCCGUCACCACCACGUAUUUCUGACACGGCAAUACCAACGCCACCUCCUCCGCCACCAGCAGUUAUGCCUUUAAAAGGCGCUGCUCCACCACCUCCCCCUCCACCGCCUCAACCUCCAAGAACUACAGUAGCCCCACCACAGCCCCCUCCGCCUCCAGGAACUGCAGCGGCACCAACACCGCCUCCUCCUCCGCCAAUGCAGAACAGAGCACCACCGCCACCACCAAUGCCUAUGACAAACAAUGGAAGAUGUGGACCACCGCCUCCUCCACCUCCUAUGCCUCUAGCUAAUGGAGCAGGACCCCCACCGCCACCACCUCCUAUGGCUAAGUCAACUGGAGCAGCAGGGCCGCCUCCGUCACCACCUCGAAUGGGUAUGGCGAACGGAGCAGCCGGUCCUCCACCCCCACCAGGAGCAGCAGGUCCACCGCCCCCUCCAGGAGCAGCAAGAAGCUUGCGUCCCAAGAAAGCAGCUACAAAACUGAAAAGGUCAACCCAAUUAGGUAACCUUUACAGAAUCCUUAAAGGGAAAGUAGAAGGGCGUGAUCCUGCAGCAAAAACCGGUGGCGGAGGCGGAAGAAAAGCUGGAACUGGAAGCGCUCCAGCUGGUGGGAAACAAGGAAUGGCUGAUGCACUUGCUGAGAUCACAAAGAAAUCUGCAUAUUUCCUGCAAAUACAAGACGAUAUUGCAAAGUACAUGAAGUCAAUCAAUGAGCUGAAGAUUGAGAUCACUAAGUUUCAGACUAAAGACAUGACUGACCUUCUUAGCUUCCACGCCCGCGUAGAAUCAGUUCUUGAAAACCUAACUGAUGAGUCACAGGUUCUUGCCCGAUGUGAAGGGUUUCCUCAGAAGAAACUUGAGGCAAUGAGAAUGGCAGCUGCAUUGUACAAGAAGCUUCAUGGUAUGAUCACCGAGCUACAGAACUGGAAGAUAGAAGCUCCUUUGAAUCAGCUUCUAGAUAAAGUCGAACGUUACUUCACAAAGAUCAAAGGAGACAUUGACACUCUUGAUCGAACCAAAGAUGAAGAAGCCAAGAAGUUUCAGAGCCACAACAUCCACUUUGACUUUAAUAUACUUAUUCAGAUCAAGGAGACAAUGGUUGAUAUCUCAUCAAGUUGUAUGGAACUUGCAUUGAAGGAAAAGAGAGAAGAAAAGCUUGUGUCGCCUGAUGCGAAACCGAGCUUGAAGAAGGCAGUAGGUAGUGCUAAAAUGCUUUGGAGGGCAUUUCAGUUUGCAUUCAAAGUCUAUACAUUUGCCGGAGGACACGACGAUCGCGCUGAUUCCUUAACCAGAGAGUUGGCUCAUGAGAUCCAAACUGAUCCUGAGAACCCAUGAUGGUUCCAUCGUUCAUAUCAUCAUCUUCACAAGUUAUACUAACUACUAUACUCCUUUUUGCCAUUUUUAAAAAACUUAAAAUAUAUCCAAUAUAUUCGAUACCAAAUGAUAAAAGAUUUUAUGUAUAUGUAUAAAACUUUAACUGUUGUUUUGACUUUUGAGUUUGUAAUUCCGAAGCCCCCUGAAAAAAAAAUAGGAUAUAGAAGUUUCAUGGGAGCUUGGAGAUGCAGAGUCUUUUGAUAGAAAGGCUCUCCAUAAACCUUUGUGUUAUGUAAUAUUGUUUUUUUGCUGUUAUAAACAUUUUCUUUCUUAA